GGUGUCUGGACAACGGUAGGCAUUCCUGUGUCGUCAGCCCUGGACAUCCGAGCCUUCACUAUGUGGCAGAUAUUCGUGUUGGCCCUUCUCGGUUCUGCGGCUGCGCAGAUUCCGUCUCUAGGAUGGUGUCCAGAUUUUCAGCCAAUGGCUAACUUCAGCAUGAACCGCUUCCUCGGAACGUGGUAUGAAGCCGAGCGAUACUUCACCGUCAGCGAGCUGGCUAGCCGCUGUGUCACCACCAACUACGUGAGCACCCCCGAAGGCAGGAUACUGGUCGCCAACGAAAUCAUUAAUUACUUGACUGGGGUGAAACGGGUGAUGGAAGGCAGUCUUCAAAUGAUCGGCCGCGAAGGCGAAGGUCGUAUCAUGGUGAAGUACUCUUCCCUACCUCUGCCAUAUGACUACGAGUACAGUAUUUUGGACACAGACUAUGACAGCUUUGCAGUCAUGUGGUCUUGCAGCGGUUUGGGACCAGUUCAUACUCAAAGUGCAUGGUUAUUAACACGUGAUAGACUGGCGGCUGCGAAUAUAAUGCAGAGGGCAUACGCUGUUCUCGACAAGUAUAAGAUCUCCAGAGCUUUCUUCGUAAAGACCAGUCAGGCCGACUGCACUGUGUUGCCCGACCCUGCCGCUAGUCCCAUAUCAGGAAAGAACUCAGGAUUAGUCAACGAAGCUGCAAAAGAACUCGAUGAAAUUGAAAUACCCGCAUCUGAACCUGUUAAGGCAAGCGAAAUUCCACAAAACAAAUUGCCGGUCAAAGCAUCCGAACCAGAGGUAAAGGCACAACAGGUUCCCGAAAUUAUUUUAUCCGAAUCAGAAAAGAUCGAAGCAGAGAAGGAGAAAUCAGCGGGCCCUGUAGUAGAGGUACAGCCGAAGGUGGCCGAGAAACUGAAAGAAAAAGAACCAGUGAAAGCUAAACAAUCCUGAUUAUUUUGCCUCAUCAGGAAUUAGACGUAGUCUUUAAUUGUGAUCAGCCGUGUGACGCUUCUCUAACACGAUAGGGCUACAUUACCAAAUAAGUACAUACAAUCGAAACUCGAUAUUCGGACAAUCGAUUUCAUUUGAGUAUCGAAUAGUUAUAGUCGCAAUAGUCACUACAUUUGUAACGAAAGGGGAAUCAGUUUGAAAAUAAAUGAUAAAUAAGAUAA